UGUGCUGAUGUUUUACAGCUAAGGCUGUUAGAAAUGCAGUAACUCACUGACCCUCCUUUUUUACUAUUUGUUUGUUAAGCAAUGUGUGCAGCUUCCUGCAACUAGAAAUUUACAGUUAGCAAAAGCUGCUGCUGUUCUGCAUCUUCCAAAGGCAUUUCACAGAGACACAGCUAGCUCUCAAAUGCAUCCGUAUGUGUUUGGAUGUAAGCAUGCACACAAGGCUCCCCCUAUCCUAUGGGGAAAUGAGAUUUUAACCUCGAAGUAAAUUGCAGAAGAAAAAGGGGAUUGUCAUAGGGCAGGAGUAUCCUGUCAUGCAGGUGGUCAGCAGGAACCAGCCCAGAAUCUACUGGAUUCACAACUGAGCAGAGUGAAAGCAGAGAUGGAGGAGAUAGCCAGAGGAGGCUGCAGCAGGAAGGAAGCUGUGGCCUGGAAGCUCCUUGGCCCCUGCCUGGCUAUUUCUCAUGCUUUGGGUUGGUUUGUUGGCUCAGAGGAAAGGCUAAAGGGUUAAGCUCAUUGCCCAGAGAUGCCGCACAUGAAGGGCAAACAAUGACAGAGAAAAAGUGCUGUUCUUUCAGCUGACUCAGCUCCAGAGGUCCCUGCCCUGGCUGCUACCUGCUGGCCCAGCUCAGCACUGCCAGCCCUAUCGAAUCACAUGCAGUUGUGUUGGGAGAGGAGAAAAAAAAGACUGCUCAGCUCAGAUUUCACUAGUUUGCUUUUUUCCUUAUCAGAGGCAAAGUCUUAAAGGCCUAGAAGGCUUCAGUAGCACCCUACCAGCUGUGAUUAACCCUACUGCUGCCACCUCCUGUCUACAGGAGAAUGCUAUCCCUGUCAGGCAGCAAAAAGCAGCCUCAAUCUUUAAGGGCAGCAGCUUUCAUUGCAAACACUCCUGGGAACUUAGCAGCUAGCCAGCCAGCCUGCAGCUCCUAGUGCAGAGGUAAAAUGAACAUUCAGGAGUAUUUCUCAAGAAUUUCUUUUGAUGGCUCCCGUAAGGAUGCAGACUUGCAAACCUUAACAGCCAUCUUCCAGCAUCACAUCCAGGCGAUUCCUUUUGAAAACCUCAGCAUGCAUUGCGGAGAGACCAUUGACCUGGAUUUGCAAUCUACUUACAAUAAAAUAGUGAAAAAGAAACGUGGUGGAUGGUGCAUGGAAACAAACUACCUUUUAUUUUGGGCUUUGAAAGAAAUGGGGUAUGACGUCUGUGUGCUCGGAGGAAACAGUUAUGACCCAGCAAAGAAGGCAUACAUUGAUCAAAUAAAUCACAUCCUACUGAAGGUUGUGAUCAAGGGAAGUUCCUACAUAGUAGAUGCUGGUUUUGGUGGUGGUCCCUACCAAACAUGGCUGCCGAUGUUGCUGAUUUCUGGGAAGGAUCAGCCCCAGAUUCCUGGCAUCUUCCGCUUCACAGAAGACAGUGGCAUCUGGUACUUGGAGAAAGUCAAGAGGAAACAUUAUGUUCCAGAGGGAAGUGUUCCUUUCUCUGAUACUCCAGAAAUGGGCAAUAUCAGAAAACUGUAUUCAUUCACACUUGAGCCAAAACAUAUAGAUGACUUCCAGGAGCUAAACACAUACCUACAAGUGUGUCCGGAUACCAUACUUCAGAAGAAGUCCAUCUGCAGCCUCCAGACAACUGAAGGGUUUUAUGCCCUAGUUGGAUGGACCUUCUCUGAGAUGAAGUACAAGUACAAGGAGGACACAGACCUGCUGCAGACCACAACCCUGACAGAUGAAGAGAUUGCGGAGACACUGAAAGAAAAAUUCAACAUAGUGUUAGAGAACAAAUUGAUACCAGUUAAUGUUCGUGGCUUGCCACCUAAUCUGGUAGAUUCCAUAUAA